CACACACACACACACACACACACACACACUCUAUCUCUCUUUCUUUCACAUGCUCAAACUGCAUCGCGCUUAAUGCCAUAAACUAGUUUUGAGGACUUUGUAGCCAAAUUAAUCAAUAAUUGCAGUCAAAUAUUGAUAUAUACAAAGUACUUUGCUACCAACAACUAUUCAGCCUCCGCAUUCUCUUGACUAGACAUCCCACGCGAGUCAUAUUUGGAAGAUUGCUGUCGCAUGACAAUCCUAAACGGACCAAAAACUAUUGAUACAGACGAAUAUGCGUAUUUUUUUAGGCAGUGCAUGGGUCCUCUGUACAAUUCUUAAGCCGUUACGUUUAUCUAGGGCAAGUUAUUUUCAAUGAUUUAGCAGGAUUUAGUUCGCCUUGUCCAGCAGUGACUGGAACAGAUUGCCAUUUCGUUUUUAGACAUGCACGGACUGAGUUGCAAAUUUAAAUGGGGCCUUACUUUCACUCUGUUCUUAUCUGUCAUUUGCGUGUUUAUCUUCUGUGAAUAUUUGAUAUAUUACCCUGCAAUUUUGCGUUGUUCGUGGCCGAAGUUGGAUAGAGACAGCGGCAAGGGAGUCCCCCCGCUUCGCGCUUUGUUUCUGUCGGAUACCCACCUCCUUGGCGCAAUAAAGGGACACUGGUUCGACAAACUGCGAAGAGAAUGGCAGAUGGAGAGAGCUUUCCAGACAGCACUGGGGGUCCUACAGCCAGAGGUGGUCUUCAUUUUGGGAGACAUAUUCGACGAGGGGAAAUGGAGCUCCCCAAAGGACUGGGAGGACGACGUCCGCCGCUUCACGCAGAUCUUCCGACAUCCCAGAGACGUGGAGCUUAUAGCCCUCAUUGGUAACCAUGACAUCGGCUUCCAUCAUGAAAUGAGCUGGUACAAACUUGAACGCUUCGAGAGGGUGUUCAAUGUCACCUCUGCCCGGAUCGUAACCAACAAGGGAGUCAAUUUUGUACUGGUGAACAGUAUGGCCAUGCAUGGAGACCGCUGCCCCAUCUGCGAGCAUGUGGAAAACGAGCUGUACAGCCUCUCUCAGGCUCUCAACUGUUCAGUGCUGAGCCACCGGACAAGCAGCAUGAGAACAUACUGUCAGGAGGACAUGCAGAAGUUUCCCCGCUCAUCACCUAUCAUCCUGCAGCACUACCCUUUGUACCGACCUAACGAUGCAGAGUGCACUGGGCAGGACGCCGCCUCUCCUGAGGAGCGACACCAGGUGUUCCAUGAGCGCUAUGACGUGCUAUCCCAGGAGGCUUCUCAAAGGUUACUUUGGUGGUUCCAGCCCCGUCUUAUCCUGAGUGGCCACACCCACAGUGCCUGUAAGGUGGUCCAUGACAACAAGCAUCCAGAGAUCAGCGUUCCUUCCUUCAGCUGGAGAAACCGCAACAACCCCAGCUUCAUCCUGGGCACCUUCUCUCCCACGGACUUCCAGUUGGCCAAGUGCUUCCUGCCAGAGGAGAGCAGCGUGGUGGCCAUCUACUGUUCCACAGCCAUGGUCGUCUUCCUCCUGCUUUUGGCCCACCUACAUCUCACCAAGACCUCCAUGCUCCUGGCCACCAAUCUCAUGGGCAAGCACAAGGGCUUCUGACAGUUUCCCCUAGAUCGUACAGUUUGCUUUGCGGGCCGCUUUAAAAAAAAAGUCCCCUGAAGUAAAGUGUGACUGAAACCAAUAGAGGGUGAAAUGUUCUAGGUGAAUGGCAAGAGAUAGGGCCUAUGAUUACCUGUCAAAGUAACUGUAUGAGGACAUCUGUGUGACCUGUCACCUGAGGCCCCAUGUUCCAAAGACUCCUGUGUAGACACUCCUGACAUAGAACCCAACAUCACCUUUUACAGGGAGGGCCCGGGUCCUGACAUAGAACCCAACAGCACCUUUUACAGGGAGGGCCUGGGUCACUCUGGGAUAGUUUUUACUGAUCAAUUACGUUAUCCCUCAUUUCCCUUUUUAAAUUAUUGGCAACUUGA